AUGCUUCUGUUGGAUUCACUCAAAACAACAGAUCUGGCAAAUGUGCCAUCAACCAUCAAAAGAUUCAUUGUUGAUAUUUUAAAAUCUGAAGAGCGGCCAGACAUCGAGCAGUUCAUAAAUGAAGUCCAUCUUGAAUUUCCUGAGGUGCCACGGCAAACUGGGGAUGAUAGUGGCAUAUAUGUUCUUUUCUUUAUCCACUGUUCUCUUCAAAAUGAAAAACCGGGAGAAGAUUUCAGCCAGCUGCCCAAGGACGUCAUGUUCAAUUCAGAGGAAUUAGGAAAAUUCCAGAAGGACAUUGAUUCAUUUCGAGCGAAUAGGAAUACCGAAGUUGAAGAUUAGUGUGGACGCCAGGACUGCAUCAAGUAAUGGAAGAUUGGUGCUCGCUUAUUAGUUAUCAUCAGACCAUUUGACCUUCCACUAUGUCAUGGACUCUUGUGGUAAUUAGAGAAUUUCUGUGUUUCUUUACCUAGGUAUAAUACGUUAUCUAUGUGAGAUACAUCUUCUCUGGUAGCGACAAAUCCCGGGGAGUUGGAAGACUGCCAAGAAACUGUUGGUUACACAGUUUUUGAGCUUGGAUUUGCUACCACCCUUUUAAUCGAUUUAUAGAGAUUCGAGCUGAUGGGUUCUUAGCUAGAGUAUCUUAGAAUAUGUUGUGUCACCUGGCCAUGUGGUUGGAGUGCACGCGAGAUUGUUUUGAGACCUUAACUAGUUUGUUGAACACCUGAACCAACUACCGAAUUUAAACAUUCA